AUGUCGAUGGCGGCAGUAGAGGCGCAAGAGCGCAACGCGAGGGGCAUCCCUAAGGCACCGUUCAUUGCGGAUGUUGCUGAAUUUUUGGGGGCCGAGCCAAAAGUUGAGGGUGCUCUGAAAGAGUUCCAGGCUGCUCUUGCAAAGUAUCGCUACAUGGACCAUAAUCUCGCCCAACGGCGGCGAAGUCUCGAGGAAAAGAUUCCCGAUAUCAAAAAGACGCUGACCAUGAUUGAGUUCCUGCAGGAGAGGCGAGUGAGCGAGAAGAAACCUCUCAAGACAACCUUCGAGUUGAACGACACGCUAUAUGCAGAAGCGGAAUUAGAAGACACGGACACGGUCUACCUGUGGCUAGGGGCCAACGUGAUGCUAUCAUACAAGAUUCCCCAAGCGAUCGCGCUGCUGAAGUCCAAACUCGAGGGUGCGGAAAGCAAUCUGGCGAAUGUUAUCGAGGACCUCGAGUUCCUGCGCGAGCAGAUCACGGUCAUGGAAGUUAACACAGCGCGAGUGUAUAACUGGGACGUCAAGCGAAGGAGAGAGCUUCGCGAGAAGGAAGCUAGAGAAGGGGGUAGUCUGUUGAAAUCAAAAGAGGAGAGCUGA